AUGGCCAGUCAGUUGCUCGGGGUGAUCACAGUGAGGGCAUCCACAACUCGACAGUUUGGAAUUGAUCCAAAAUCAGCCCUGAGGAUCCCAUGCAAUCAGAUUGGAAGUGAAGGGAAAACCUUUGGAGAGCUGCAGUUAUCAGAAGUUACUCAUAUAUCAGGCAGUCUUGCUAAGUUGCUCGAUGGGCCAGGUGUUCUUGGAUAUUUCGAGUUUAACUCAUCACCACAGCCUCCGGGUUACCUGACUCUCUAUGUCUCUGCAUUGCAUGCACUAAAAAGAGAUUAUCAAGGAACCAUUCGUUUUGGGGUGAUAACCAGCAAACAGGUGGCAGAAAAGAUAUCUGUAACCAAUCCUGGAACAAUUUAUAUGCAUAGGCAUUUCAACUCUUCCAUAAUAUUUCCUCACGAGGUUUUAAACGUCACCGCGGUAAAUAUCUACAGCUGGGCUUUUGAGAACCGGGAGACCUUUAUACACUGGUUGCGACCGCAUGGAAGCAAGAGCCUUCUCCUAAACAAUGAACUGAAGAAAGGCCCAGCAUUAUUAUUGUUUUUCCCCUUCAGCCCAUUAGCUGAGAAACAGCCACUGAUAGAGAAGAUAACUGAAGUUGCCCUUAAAUAUCACAACUGUAAUAACAGCAAGAGCGUUCAUCGUGUGCUACAACACAUGGAAGAGGCCGAGCAGGCUGACCACAAAGAUCAGGCCACAGAUUCUUUUGCACAUGUAGUGGAAUCUUUCUUCCAGAUGCGGAAAUCUUGUUGUAAUACAAUAAUGCUUCCCCAGUGGAAUCAUAUAUCCCAAAUUCUCAACAUCUGUGAAUUAUGCAUUAAUCAGACAGUUGGAAUGCGACCAAGUGUGGUCCACCUUAGACAGUGCAGCUCCAUAGAGAUGGAGACAGCACUGGGUUUGUUCUACCUCAGAAAGCGCACAUUUUUUCAUCUACGAUCAAACACUGUAGAAUGCAGCAAUUUUUUGAGCUAUUACAGUCCUUUCAACUACUACACUGUUUGCUGUAGGACAUUCAACAGUUCAUUUAAUUCUGAACAAAUCAAUGCCUUUACCCCUUCAGAACUGUUUUUCAGUGCAGAGCAGAAGCGUGGGGUGAUUUCUGACAGUUUUCCUCAUGUUGAGGACAGAGUAACAAGUCUUCUAGAACUGCACCUCAUUCAAAGCCACAUUACAGGACUUAGCUGUAAUACCAAUAAAACUCUGAAUUUUUACUUGAUGGAUUCAAAUUUGCACUGGAGAUUUGCCACUAGAUUAGGAGCUAAUGAGUCUGCACAAGUGCAAGAAUUUGCUACAAUUAUUGAUCUGUUGGAUGAAGUUCAUUAUGUCCUUGACCAAAGGCAGAUUCUUGAUAAAUCUUCUAUUGAAAACGUUAUAAAGAAUUAUAGUAGGACAUACAGUCCAUUAAAUCGGUAUCUUAUUGCUGGAACAAUGUCUCAAGCUCAGGAAAAUUAUUUAAUUGCUGAAGUCACGACCCAGACGUUUGACAGCAUAGUUCUGGAUGCUGAAAAGAAUGUUUUGUUACUCUACUACACUCAAUGGUGUGGAUUUUGCACUGUUCUCAAUCAUGUGUUCAUUCAGGUUGCCCGUCUGUUCCAUGCUAAUGAUGGAAUCAUAAUAGCCAGAAUCAAUGUUGCCAAAAAUGAUCUUCCUUGGGAGUAUAUGGUUGACCGACUUCCUACUAUUCUGUUUUUCCCCAGAAACAGGAAAGACUUGAGCGUGAAGUACCCUGAAGAUCUGCCAUUUACUGUUCCUAAUCUAGUGAGGUUCAUUGUAUUGCAUUCUACCCAGUUAGUUCAUCAAGACCCAUUCCAGUCUUGUAAUCCAGACUGUAUCCAAAAAGCAGCAGAAUUACAGAAAGACCGAAUUAGCCAACUGGAGGAGGAGCUUCAGAGACUCCGUGCAGAGAUGCAGGCGUUGCAUCAAGUUGAGAAGCAACUGGCUUUGCAGCUCUCAGUAGCCAGGCAGGAGGAGCACCAACUGAAGCUCCAUAAUCGAGCUCUGGAGGAGAAAAACGAAAAGCUUAAAAGUCAUAAUGAGAAACUGCAAGAUUUAUAUAACCAGAGAAACGCAGAGCUAGCCGAAACAGCAGAGAAACUGAGCGAGAUUACAGCAGUGUCUGAGAAACUCCUCAAAGAAAAUGCUUUGCUUAAAACAUAUAUGGCAUCGAUUGAAGAACUACUGGAGGAAAACACUUACCCCUCCUCAUCUCCAAUUCCUGCUGAAGAGGAAUCUCUUUUAACUUCCCGUUCAGAAAAUAAUGCUGAAACAGAAUCUUUCUCAAGUCAUGACACUCCUACAUUGUGAAGUGGGAUAAUCAUGAAACUGCAGGGACGCAAGCCAUUUUGCUGCCUAUCUUUAAAUUGCACCAGAGACAUAAACUAUUCGACAUCAGGGUGAGGGAGAUCUCAUGUGAAGUUUGAAAUGUCAGUAAAAAUUUUCUUUCUACAGAAUUGAUUUUUUUACAAGAACUUCAUUUAUCAAGUUCCAUUCUUGAGCAUCUUUUUUGUAAAUAAUGAAAAAUCUGGUAAAAGGGGAAAUUCUUUAUUUGUUUACAUUUGAAUAUUGCACUAUUGUGAAAUUUAUUACAUUAAAUUUUAUUUCUGUAAACUAAUGAAUUACAGGAAGGGGAAAGAAUCUGGUCAUAAGAUACCACAAUAUAUCAAGUUCUUUUUAAAUGAUGCUGUUCUAAGUACAAUUUGACCAUAUUAAACAUGCUUUUAAUUAAAACAGAAAA